GUCCGGCGUCUCCUCCGAGAAAAAUUGAACAUGUCUCAAGAUGCAGAUUUUUUAGCCCACGAGACAGCCGCUUGUGACAUUGUGAACUCAUACGAGCACGAAGAUGGUCCAGGCCCUGACUACCAGAAACUCGCCUUUGAUCUCGCAAAUGGAUCUAAAACCCCUUGGAAUGCGAGGAUUCUCGAUUUGCUCCUUGAAGAUUUGAAGGAGAGGAAUGAGAAAGAGGGAUGGGUAGUCCGAAGGUCGGAUGGCUACUACAGAGAAAUACUUGAGCAUCGCUACAAGCGGCUGCGGACAAUAUGGAGAGAAGGGCAGGCAAAGGUCACAGCGAAGGGAACAUUGGAAACUGGAGAAGAGGUGGAGAAGAGGUUGGUCGCACAGAGAGACAAAACUCUCAAAUUGGUUUGUCAAGCAACCCGUCGACGAAAUAAAUAUAUGCGAAGAACAAAAGUUCUUCAUCACGUCAUUGAGUUAAAAAAGGAUGAAACCGCCGAGGAUCUCCCAACUUGGCAGUGGCUUCAGAGGCUAGUCAAGACGCUG